AUGAUUAAGAUCGCUGGCCUCCUAACCGCAAUGUUCGUCUUGGCUCAUGCGCUCACUCCCGAAGAGCGCACUAUUAUUCUUAAUUUUCACAAAGAUACUCGUUACGCCGUUGAUCCACCAGCCUCAAAUAUGAUGCUGAUGAAAUACGAAAAAAAAUUGGAGAGUCUGGCGGAGAGUUGGGUCAAGCGAUGCAUAUAUCAGCAUCCAAACCCGCAGCAGUAUCCAGAAUUCAAAGGUUAUGGACAAAAUCUUGCUGUUUCUGGUGGUGCAGCACAAGACAUUAAGUGGCUGUCCAGGGGUUGGGCCGAUGAAAAAAAAUAUUACUUUUACCAUAAUAACUCCUGUGCUUCUGGAAAAACUUGCGGACACUACACUCAGGUGAUUUAUUCGUUUCUUUCUAAUGCCACAAACCUCUACUUUUGA